AUGGCCGCGCGUCCUCCCCCGCCACCUCCAAAGGCGUCGUUCUCGCUAUAUGACAACCUCGCGGAUCCCAAUGACCCAGCUCCCUCAGCUACUAUAGCAUCUGCCGCAGUGCUGUACAAUCAGUCCGGAUCGGCGGAAUCGAAGAAGCCUCUGGACCCGGCUCUACGGUUCCAACCCAUCCGACGACCCCCGGUGAAGCAAGCAAAAGUCAAGGGCACCUUUGUCAAGCCAGCUCCAGGCUCGAAGCCUUUCGGACCUGGCAACCCUCAGCAUACCACCGCGUCAACUGCUCCCGCUUUAUCUUCGGGGCCGGCUCCCGUCAAGAGUUCUCUAGCGGACUGGGCUGCUACCGAGGAGGACGAGUGGCGUUAUGGCUUGGGAGAAAAGCGUCAGCGUGGUGGCAGGAAGAAGAAGAGAAAGCAGCAGAACAUGCCUGCCGAGACGGACUGGGACGAGAUGUACGAUCCAGCAAGGCCUACUAACGUGGAUGAGUACCUGAGGAGCGAUGAGAAGAUAGAUGAGGUGCGUGAAUGGAAGGCGUUGCUGUAUAGGCACAGAAGGAUGCGAGAUGAAAGCACCAUAUCAUCAGACGACGACGACGAGGACGCUAGGUCCGGCCCGGCCAACCGAUUCGCGCCGCCGCCGUCGUACGCUUCUGUACCACCGCCUGCCCAGUCACCACCAUCACCACCACCACCCCAAGAGAGUGGCGACGACGCAUAUGCUCGGCGCUUGGCCCUCUCCUCCCUGCACAACCAACCUCCCCCCCCUUCUUCACCACCUUUGCAAAGUAAUCCUGCUCCUUCUCCACCACCUCCUCCUUCAGACUCAGCCACCAUUUCCCGAGCACCUGUGCUGUACACCCGAUCCACGGAAUCCCCAAUCCGUGAAGAUGUCGACGGCUACUCCCCACCGCCAGCGCUCGGAGUUGGUCACGACGACGACGACGACGACGACGACGACAAAGACCAGAAAGGUGAACCUCGGCAGCGAUCCAACCGCCCUGGCCAAGUCGGCUUUGCCCACCGCCUCAUGAGCAAAUACGGCUGGACCAAAGGCUCCGGCCUCGGCGCCGACGAAUCCGGCAUUGUCAACCCUCUCCGCGUACAAGUCGAGAAACGGCGCAAAAAGGCAGAUGCCGACGGAGGGGGCUGGGCCGAACCCGGGGGCAAGGGCAAAAUCAUUGGCAGCAAACGCAAAGAAGAUGCCGGCAAGUUCGGCACCAUGAGCGAUGUCAUCAUCUUGAAGAACAUGCUAGAGAACAUGCCCGAUCUCCAAGCGGAAAUAGCAGACGGCUUGGGACAAGAGAUUGGCGAAGAGUGCGGCGAAAAGUAUGGCCGCGUGGAACGCCUCUACAUAGACCAAUCUUCUCGCCAAGUCUUUAUCAAAUUCACGACCCAGGUGUCUGCCUUGCGCGCGGUGAAUGAACUGGAUGGCCGGAUUUUCAAUGGCAACACUAUCGUUCCAAAGUUCUAUGACUCGGAGCUAUUCGACAAGGGCGUGUAUCGUUCCAUAUAG